GAGGACAUAAGAAAUAAUUCAUUACCACCAAUUAUUUGCCAAUAAUCUGAAUCCAAAACAUCUCACAAAGUCCCCUCCACUGCCCACCAUGGCCUCUGAUCCCCACGCUUCCUCUCCCACCACCGCCGGCACCACCACUGUUACCACAAACACACGCCCCUUCCCAAUUCCAAACACAAACACGAAGACAAUGGCCUCGGAUCCCCACCCCUCCUCUCCCACCACCGGUAGCACCACCACCGUGACCACAAACACACGCCCCUUCCCAGUCCCAAGCACGAACACAAACGCACCACCACAAUCAACAAGACCCAACAAUACGUCUCCACUCCUGCACCCUGUCCCUAUGUCUGCACCCCGACACCCACACCCACGCCCACACCCACACCCACUCUUCACAGCCCGCCAACCAAUCAGACCAACCCAACAACAAUUUUCUCACGCUCGGGAAGUUCUCUACCAACUCGCCUCCUCCGGCCACGGCUUCAUCCCCAGACCCAUCCACCCUGGCAGCUCUACUUUUGCUGCUGCUGCGUACCCACCUCGCCCUCUCGUCUCAUGCCCCCAACCCCAUGGUCUCAGCCAUCCUGUCCAUGACAUUUGGCCUCCCCACCACCACCACCACUUGCAUCCUGCUCAACUUGGCGGUCCGGGUUUGGUCCCAGAUCCGAAUUUGGGUCCCGAUCCUGAUCCUGAUCCGAGUCCAGCUCCGGUUAAGGGCAUUCCGAUUUCUUCUCCGCAACCCAAGGUUACGAUGCCGCCAUGUAACGUAUUAGGGGAGAAGAGACUUAGAGUAGCGGAUGCAGCCGCUUCGUCCUCCCAUACUAGAUCGAAGAUUGAGAAUUCAGACGCCACAACAUCAGAGUCAAGCUCUACACCGACUAAGAUCUCCCCAAUUACCUCACUGGUUACUUCACCAAUCGGGCGCCAGGUAGUACCACCCCCUCGAAGGUUUAAUUCGUCCAAGUUCAUUGAUGCAGAUGCUUCGGAUAGGUAUUACAACAGCUUUGUGUCGAGAUCCGUACAAAUCGAGCGGAAGGUCAUUUUUGUUGAUUUUGAGAAGCAAUAUCCAAGAGUGAAGCAAAUCUUCAAUCACCAGGUAUGGAUAGAUAUGCUCUCAUCAGCAGUCUCUGUAUCACCAACCUUGGUUCGCGAGUUCUAUGCAAACAUGCACGACUUCAAUGAUGGCACCUUCAAGUCAAGGCUGCGGGGGAAAACUUUCACGAUCAGCCCCGAUUUGAUCAGAGAGCUCGUCGGCACACUCUUAGUCCACGAGUCUCCAUAUCCCUGGCCUGCAGAGCGGCUUCCGUCACGACGCGAUCUCAUUCAGUGCUUUUCAGACGGCAAGCCUACAACGAUGAAUGAGGUGGGUGUACCUUUCGGCCUUACUGAUUUGCCAAUGGAUUAUCGCCUCAUCUUUCGUAUUGUUGCGGGGAGCCUGCAUCCGACUACCAGCACCAAUCCUCUCAUUGGCCCCAUGGCAUACUUCUUGUAUGCACUAUUGGAGCACCAUCCCAUAGACUUCGGCUCGCAUGCCAUCAACAUGAUAUGUAAUCUUCCACAAAUUGACAAGAACGCAAUGUUACCUCUUGGAGGUCUCAUUAUACGCAUCGCCAAGAGGUUUGGCAUAGAUCCAGCCAUAGGAGGGGACAUCAAGAAGCCCUCGAGACCUUUCAACAAGCACUUCAUCUGGAAGAGCGAGGCUCACCUGCUAAGAAAUGCAAUACCUCUGCUAGAUGAGCCUGAGCAGCCAAUCGAGCCAGUACAACCAUCAAAUGGAACGACAACCUCAAAGCCUACUCUUACCACCCAGGACUUGUCGACACUAGUAGCUCAAUUGGUCCAGGAGGUGAGCCAACUACGUGAGGUGGUGGCCAAGCAGGAGGUGGCGAUCACCCGAUUGCAGGAAACACUUGAUGAUCACAUCACCACUUUUGGCGAGGAGCAGGGCAUGUUGGCAGACGACCGACAAAUUCAAGGUCGCACACUCACAAUCGUUGAUGAGAUUCGGGAGCAGAAGAAGAAGGGUUGAGGUUCAUUUGAGGAGUUCUUCGAUGGAUUGGGUCCUCUUGAUGCGACUGCUUAGUUACGUUUUUAUGCAUUUCUCAAACAUUUUAUUUAUUUAUUUAUUUUGUGAUGUUUUGGAUACAUUAUUGGUGGUUUGUAGGUUGUCGCCUACAAUAUUUUUGGGGGAUUGCGCAUUGGAUACUAUCUUUUGUGUUUAUU